AUGGAACUGAGAAUCGGAACUUGGAACAUUCGCUCUUUGUAUAAAAGCAAAGGGCUGCAACUCUUAACGGAACAGCUGGAUAAUUACAGGGCUGAUGUAAUGGCUCUGCAAGAGAUGAGGUGGCUUAACGAUGGAAUAAUCGAGAAGAGAAAUCACACAAUCUUCUAUAGCUGUGAUAAGAAGAGGCAUAUUUUUGGAACGGGUUUUGUUGUGGGCAAACACAUUCGGCAUCUUGUCAUGGAUUUCGUGCCAAAGUCUUCAAGGUUAUGUAAAAUUAGGCUAAGAGGAAAAUUCUUUAAUUACAGUCUUAUAAAUGCCCACGCACCUACUGAAGACAAGGAUGAAGACGAGAAAGAACUUUUCUAUGAGAACCUGCAUUCUCUAUAUAACUCCUGUCCACAAAACGACAUCAAAAUUAUUUUGGGUGACUUAAAUGCUAAAAUUGGAAAGGAAGCUGAGCACAGGCCCACUAUUGGAAAAUACAGCCUGCACGAAACAACAAAUGACAAUGGACAGAGGCUCAUUCACUUCGCUGCAGAACAUAGUAUGGUCAUAUCCAGGACCUUUUUCCAACACAAGAGAAUUCACCAAACGACCUGGAGAUCACCAGAUGGAGAUACCUCCAACCAGAUUGACCAUAUAUUGAUAGACUCUAGACAUAUGACGGACAUACAAGAUAUUAGAACUUAUCGUGGGGCCAACUUUGACUCAGACCAUCACAUGGUAAUGAGCAGGAUCAAGGCCAAACUAUCUAAUGCACAUAAAUGUCAUGGGAAACGUCUUGAGAAAUUUGACUGCGAACAAUUAAAGACCCCUAGAGUCAGGGAUGACUUUCAGUCACUACUAACUAUGAAGCUUGAUGAAAAAGCAAUCGAAAAUAUUGAUUGCAUAGAUGGAAAGUGGACUUCUUUCAAAGAAGCCCUAUUGGACACAUGUGAUAAUGUAAUAAGCAAAAUAAAAAGAGCUGAGAAAAAGGAUUGA